AGUGCCCGCUGGCAGUUGUAGUCCACGCAUCCGGAUCGUUUCCGUGUGUGUAUGUACCUUACGUCUGGUGUGAGGUGGAAUCUGCUCUGGAAAGACAAACACAUGUGAAAUUAUUGAUCAGGUUUGAGUGAAUUUAUGGAAACAUGUCAAAGAAACGGGGCAGGUAGGAUCACACUGAAUGUUUUGACCCAGAUGUGUUUGAUGGAGGAGUGCUGGUUAUGCACCUAGAACAACACGUGUCUGGUCUGUGACUCACCUUGAAAAAUUAACUUCACAUGCACUUUAAUCCCAGUGCGUCUACCCUAUAAACUACAAUCUCAGACUAGUAUAAUUUUAACUUGAUCAAAGGUGCUUUGUGCUUGCUUAUUCCAGCUCUUGAACACCACAUUACAUGCAGAUUGAGUGCAAUCAAUAGGUUUUUCAGCUGUGUGGAAUCUAAACGGCUACAAAUAUUUAUAAGUUACCCCAUCGUGCUCAUGUUAGUGAUGGCAUGUGUUAAAACACCAAUGCAUCAGUGGGAAGACGACUGGACUUAAAUAUGAAAGCAUACGACACCCUGGAUGUUUGGAAAAAGGUAUUUUUUAUGUCUGCCACGGUUGAAGCUAACGCGCACUUCCUCCGCGUGCAUAGGAAGCGCAGCAGCGGAGAGCUGAGUGAGAGCUCGGCGUCGAGCCUGAGCCCGGACCCCGACAACCUGCUGGGCCGACGGAUCCAGCACACCUGGAGGGAGAAGGGUAAUGUGACCAAGUGGAAAGGCACCGUUCUGGAGCGCCUGACUAUGAACAGCUCCCUCUACAUGGUCAAAUACGAUGGCUUUGACUGUGUCUACGGCAUUGAGCUCUUCAAAGACAACCGGGUGUCCAACCUGCAGUUGCUGACGGAGAAAGUCGUAAACAAUAAGAUCAAGGUGCCUCCCGGGGCGGAGGAGCUGGUGGGCCGGGCUGUGGAGCAUCUGUUCGAGAAGGAGGGCGGGGAGAAGAACGAGUGGCGAGGCAUGGUGCUGUCCCGAGCCCCCAUCAUGACCCACUGGUACUACAUCACUUACGAGAAGGACCCGGUGCUGUAUAUGUACCAGCUGUGGGACGACUAUAAGGAUGGAGAUCUACGUGUCCUGCCUGAAUCGGAGAACAAACACCUGCUGCCAGCAGACAGGAAGCCAGGUGAAGAGCCAGAGAGCCUUGUGGGUAAACAGGUGGAGUACGUCACAGAUAACGGUCUAAAGAGGACUGGCUUGGUCAUCUACCAGGUCCCAGCUAAGCCCACCGUAUAUUACAUCAAAUAUGACGAUGACGUUCACAUCCACGUCUAUGACCUGGUGAAGACCACCUAGUGCUGACUGUCCCGAAUCACCCGCGGCCGACAUCUCACCUGUGACCCGACCAGUCGUUACCUGUGAAAGUGUUACGGAUUUCAGUGUUCUCCCAGCGGGAGCCACGUGCCGAAGAUCAGAUGCCUCGUCUUUUAUUCCAUUCUCACAUCACCAGACAUUUCGUUUUUUUUAUUGCGGCGUUCGAGGCACAAUGAGUAUGAUGUGUUGGUUGCGGUUUGUACACAACACUUUAAAAAAAACAAAAAAACGGCCCCUCCUUCCCGGCUCGGGGGUGACGGUGCUUGCCAGCGGGCGGAACAAACCCACUCUUGCCGCGCCUUUGUACGCAGGGUAUUUGCAUCGCUGUUUUUCAGCGCUGCGUCUGCCACUUCUCGUAGCUUCCUCUGGGUUGCGUUCUUACAAUCUGUUAUCUGGUCGCUGUGUUCUUGUCGAGGUCGAUGCCCAGAAAGGUCACAAACGUAGCGAAAUGAAAUGCGGGGCCAUGUGGGGGCCGCAGACACACACACACUCCUAAUGAGUCAUGGGGUUUGUUUUUGCUUGAGUCCAUACGUCAUGUUUUACGAAUAUCCUACUCAUUGUGCCUUUUUUAAGUUGGUCUUAAUGUAUGACUUCGGUCGUCUUCAGUGUAAAUAAAGCAGGUCUGAGACCGAUUCUAUAGCCCAGGAGAUGAAAUGGAACUAGGCUUUUCCUUUGGUUAGAGCAAACUUGUAUAGUGCAACUUUCAAACUACCAAAUCAUACUUUUUGUAAGCAACACAUCAAACUAAGAAGAAUUCUGCUUCCAUUGCUUUUUUUUUUUUUUUUAGCUCUGUGUUUUACUUGUAGUCCAAUUUACUUUUGUUUUGUGCUAUUUAUUUCCCCUGGAACAUCUGGCUGUGCUGCUGGUGACGUUUUUGGCGAAACUUGCCUGCUUUGUGUCACCUGGCGGGCCUCAGUUUGUUGAAUAUCAAAGUAAUAUUCAUUUUACCGGUGUGCUUAUUUCACCCCCACAGUGGACUACCAUGUCUGUGUUUAGGCGUCGAUGCGACAUGAAUGUCUAACAUCAUGGAUAUCAAACACAGAUAAUAAUGAAAAGUAAUUUCAUCUUCAUCAUGUAAAUUGCAAGUUUUCUACAUUAUGAUAAUAUAUUAAAAAUGUUGAUGUUGAGUUGUUUGUGCUACACAAUAUUUAUGUAGUUAUUAUUGGCGCCAAACAUUGUUUCGAGUCUGAAGUCAUUAUUUGCCAAAACAAUUAUGUGAUACAAAAUAUUGGAGCCUCAAAAUAUUGUUAAUUGUGAAACUGAUUGUUUUGUUCUGUAUAAUUGGCGACAUUUUAUGAAACAAACAAAGCUGCUUGAAAAAUGUUUUUCUGUUGAUCUUUUCUUUCACUUGCGUCAGUUAGUUUCAUCAUGGUUGGAAAUACAAGACAUUAAUUCAGUCAAAUGGCUAGCACAUUGAUCAGGUUAGAAUAAUUAUUUAAUGACAUUAUUUAGCGACACAUAAAUAAAGCUCAUCAAAGCCUCUCAUCAUAUGACCUGCGAUUCAAUCUACGUGUUGGCGAUGAAGUGGCACCAUUGAAUAUUCAGAAUGUAUGCUUAUUUGAAUUAAAUGUACCUAUCUGCGUGUUGACCUUGA